AUGUCUCAAGGAAUUUACUUGAGUGAUGUGCCUGUUAGACGGCCAGCGCUUGCUGGCAACUCUUUGGCCAGAAAAAUGCAGCGCGCUUGCCGACUGUCGCUGCCUGAACCUGACUUGGCACUAAACUUGGAUGUAGCCGACUUCAUCAACGCAAAACAGGGAGCCGCGCCUCGCGAAGCAGCCAUUGGAAUUGUGAGACUUAUAAACAGCCGUGAUACACAUACAGCGGUGUUUGCUCUUGCGCUCUUGGAUGUGCUGGUCAAAAAUUGUGGGUAUCCUUUCCAUCUUCAAAUCUCGCGUAAAGAGUUUUUGAAUGAGCUCGUGAAGAAGUUCCCAGAACGCCCCCCUCUUCGCUUCACUAAGGUGCAGCGUCUUAUUCUGACCGCUAUCGAGGAAUGGUACCAGACCAUAUGCAAGCACACAAACUACAAAGAGGACAUGGGCUAUAUUAGAGAUAUGCAUAGACUCUUGAAAUACAAGGGCUAUAUCUUCCCAAAGAUCAAGGAGGAGGACUUGGCUGUGUUGAGGCCUGGCGACCAUCUGAAAACCCCAAGCGAAAUCCAGAAGGAACAAGAAAUCGCACAGGCCGCGAAAUUGGAGGAGUUGAUCAGGCGCGGCCGUCCCGAAGACUUGAAGGAGGCUAACAAGCUGAUGAAGGUGAUGGCUGGCUUCAAAGAGGACAAUGCGAUCAAGUCCAAACAAUUGAUCAACGAUGAGCUUGUGAAGCUUAAAAGAAAAGCUGAUCUUUUCAAAGAUAUGCUAAGCGCCUCGGAGACACCGGACUUCAGCAACGAGACCUUGGUUGAACUAUACAGUGCUCUGAAGGUAUCCCAGCCCAAGUUUCAGAAGAUUAUUGAAGAAGAGCACGAAGACGACGUCUUGGUUCAAGAUUUGCUUCAAUUUAACGACACUGUUAAUCAACUGGUUCAAAAAUACAAUUUGCUGAAGACUGGUGAAGCUGGUCAGGCCGCCCAGAUCCAGGUCUCGUCAAUUUCCUCACCACCUGCUGGAUCUGGGGGAGCGUUGGCUAAUGAGAUCAACCUUAUUGAUUUCGGUGAUGAUGAGGAGCAAGCGUCUUCGCCACAGGGACAGGACUCAGGAAACCCUGUCGAGGAUCUAUUGGGCGAUUUGAACAACCUAAGUUUUUCUCAGCCAUCUCAAGGUUUCGGUCUGGGUGGAAGCAUUUCUCUCGGGGCUUCGCAGCCCACUGCGCAAGUUUCAUCAGGCUCGGAGUUUGACUUACUUGGUAAUCUUUCGAACACACCUUCUCCAGCUGCAACAGCUCAGCCUCCAAAGAACACUCAGUUUUCUGGCGAUGACUUCACCGAGGCCUUUGGAAGUAUUGAACCAGAGAACUCCGUGGCCCACAACCGAGUUGAAGUUUCAAGCUCAACCUCUCUAAAAAUUGAGUUUGAUUUAUCGAGAAAAUCUGAAUCUUCCAUUAACAUCACCUCAUUCUUCUCGAAUGUGGGGCCUUCGCCAAUUUCUGAGUUGACAUUUAUGGUGGCAGUUCCCAAAUCAAUGACACUAAAUCUGAAGCCGCAAUCAGGCAACUUUAUACCUGGUUACGGAGCAGACGGAGUGACUCAAUCGGGUACCAUUGAAAAUGCUUUUUCAAACAAUGGCAAACCUUUGAAGGUGAAAUGGAAAGCAAGCUAUGUUGUCAAUGCCACGCCUGUAGAGGAAACCGCCAUUUUUACGUUCCCUCAAAUUUAA